UUCUGCCCCGCUGAAGCACAUUCUGGUCCUAAGGCAAUGCAGAGACCCUCACUCUCUCCCCGCCAUGUCUACACUCAGCCCUCUGGCAAGCCGCAGGACUCCAACUGGGACCCACAGAAGGUGAAGGACGCCAGAGGAAAGCUGCCUGAGGCAUUCAGGGCUCCGUGGUCAGAGCUCGCCAUGAGGAGGACUUGUACGUGCAUAUACCACUUCCUUGUGUGGAGCUGGUAUAUUUUUCUCAAUUACUACAUCUCACAGCAAGGAGGGGACCAUCGGAAAUCCAAAAUCUUUCUAAAUGGCGGACAGUGGAAAUACUUGACGUUCCUAAAUCUGCUCUUGCAGGCCAUUUUCUACGGGGUUGCCUGCAUGGAAGAUGUGCUAAAAAGAAUUAAAGGGGAAAGAGACAUUAAGUUCAUGAGCGCCUUCCGAGAUCUGCUUUUUACCACGCUGGCUUUUCCGAUAUCCACGUUUGUAUUUUUGUCAUUCUGGACCCUUUUUCUCUACGAUCGGGAGCUCGUUUACCCUAAGGCCCUAGAUGGUAUCUUUCCAGAAUGGAUGAAUCAUGCAAUGCACACAACCAUACUGCCCUUCUCACUGGUUGAAGUAGUCCUCAGGCCACAUUGCUACCCACUGAGGAAGAAAGGACUCACCUUGUUGGCUGUGGCCAGCCUCGCUUACAUCAGCAGGGUCCUAUGGAUCUACUCCGAGACGGGUACAUGGGUGUAUCCUGUGUUUGCCAGACUCAGCCCAGUGGGUCUAACAGCCUUCUUCUCUCUCAGCUACAUCUUUAGCGCCAGCAUCUAUAUACUUGGAGAGAAGCUCAACCACUGGAAAUGGGGUGACAUCAUGCAGCCAAGGAAGAAGAGGAAGUGAUCACAGGUUUAUUGGACAUGCCCAAAACAACUGCUGUCUCAGAAGGUGUUACCUUCUUCUGGCUUCUGUGGUCAAAAUCUGGCCAAAGGCCAAGGAAAUUUGCAUAAACUUAGUGUUAGAGGAUAUUUAGAGAGAGAAAGGAAUUUGGGAUCUUCAAAAUUCUUCAUUUUAGGGAGGAGGGUGCCAAAGACCUAGAUGAAAAGUAAGUAACCCGCACAAGGGCCAAAAUGUUAGUAUCUGAACCAAGACAAUAGCAUUUGUCCCCAGAUCUUCUAAUUCUCAGUCCUGUGCCAUUUUUAAUAACCCUAACUUUCCUUAGAACAAGUAUUUUUGUAAACUAGUCAUUUUCAUGGAUUGCUCAUCUAUUUUGUUUUCCACUGUCUAGACAGAAAUGUAGGGAGACAGGUGCUGCCAAAGUUGUCUGUCCAUCUCAUAGGAUAGCAAAUUGAUUGGUACAAUAAGAAAUAAGUUGUAAAAAACUAUGGAGAAAUUGUCCAUCUUGGGAGUGAGCAUUUGGGGCAGGUCCAAAGAUGGGACAUAGCAAUGUCAUCAAAAUCUCUUCCAUUCAAAUAUGGAUUACUUCAUCAAAUAAAUGUACAUCUUACUUGGGGAGCAAGUGAUGGGAAGUGACAUGGCUGUGAGGAACCCCAAAAAUGCUUUGGUACCAAGUACUUUGCUAAGUUAAGCUCUUAUGGUUUAACAAAGCUGAUUGCCAGGUGAUUAACAAAGCACAUUCAUGAACCCUGCUUUGAUCUUCCUAGUGGGUUUCUGUUGGUCUUUAUUUACUGGGGCUUUAUUUUGUAAAGAACAUGGAUGACAAGGGUCUACCGGUGGGUAAGCCUGUUUGAGUCUAGUGGUCACCAGGUCCCUGCAGGUUGGGUGUGUGCCCCAGAGUAAACUGUGCUUGGGCUUUCCAACCUAACAUCAUACAGGAGAAAUUUGGUUAAAAAAAAAAAAAAAAGGUAAAAUUCAGUAAAAACUGUUCCUGGAACCACAGAAAACCUUGAUUGCCAUAUGACUGGCCACUGGACCAUAUCUAUUCUAACACCAGAAAACGUCAGAAAUACCAAGAAGUCUUGAAGUGUUAACAGAAGAGGGCCAACUGACACAGUACGGCGGGCAGACCAUGGGAAGCCUAGGAGAGACAACAAGAAACCUGCUGUCUUCCUAAUCCUUUGUCUACAAAUACAUAAAUAUGACCCUCAAGUCUUUUUGGACUGAGCUGAGAA